CUCUUCUUCUACCUUAAACCCACAAUCAUUCAUCUACCUCCCCCUCUCUGUUUCUCUCCACUUCAUGAAAAUUUCAUUUCUGAUUUUUCAUAAACUACCAUAAUUUUCCUGAAAUCUAGCAAAUUGAUAAAGAAAAUAGGUACCCAAAUACCCAAUAAAUUCCAAAAAAGAAAAAGAAGAUGAUAAAGAAACCGUCAUCUCCUACAACUUCUCCGGUUACGAUAACGGUAACAUCAGGCGGGGGAGGAAGAAGAAGCAUCGGAUUAACAAGCCCAAUUCAACGCCACUCUCUCUCCCCUCUUAGCGCAAAAAGCAACCGCAAUUCCUCCGCUAGAAGGAGGCGAUACUCCAUCUCUCAGCAACAGAAUGAGGCUGUUGACGGAGAAGAAGAUGAAGAACUCGUAUCGUAUACGGUUCAUAUCCCCCCAACCCCAGAAAGGCCUCCGUUUCCGUCAAUUUCUGAUUCGCAGAACAGCAAUGUCAAUGGAGUGGAAGCCCGAUCAUCGGGUCGGGACGGGCCUUAUCCGGGCCAGGGUGAGUUUGGGGCAGGUUUCAUCUCAGGGACGAUUUUUACAGGUGGGUUUAACUCGGUUACACGCGGGCACGUGAUAGAAUGCUCGGUGGAGAAGCCGGAGGGGGGGAAGUCACGUGAGGGGUGUAUGAUGAAAGGGUGUGAUGAGAAAGGGAUAAAUCCGUGUGAUUGUGGGUUUAAGAUUUGUAGGGAGUGUUAUUUGGAUUGUUUGGGGAACAAAAAUGGCGGGAAUUGUCCUGGGUGUAAGGAGUUGUAUGAUAAGGAGGAGAGAGAAUGUGGUAGGAGUAAAGAAUUAUUGGAUGAAGAAGAUGAAGAUGAAGCUCGUCCACUGCCGAAAAUGGCGGAAUUAAAGAUGGAUAAGAGGCUUUCCUUGGUGAAAUCGGUCAAGAACCCGCCUGAUUUCGAUCAUAAUAGGUGGUUGUUUGAGACUAAGGGGACUUAUGGGUAUGGAAAUGCGGUUUGGCCUAAAGAUGGGUACGGGUUCGGGCCUGGAGAAGGGAAUAACGGGUUCGAAUAUCCGCCGGAUUUCGGAGAGAGGUGUAGGAAGCCUUUGACUAGGAAGGUUGCUGUUUCUGCUGCUAUUCUCAGUCCUUAUAGAUUACUAAUGGUUAUACGUCUUGCUGCCCUGGGCUUAUACCUUACAUGGAGAAUUCGACAUCCUAACCAUGAAGCCAUGUGGUUAUGGGGCAUGUCUGUAACAUGUGAAGUUUGGUUUGCAUUCUCUUGGCUUCUAGACCAGCUUCCAAAACUCUGUCCUGUUAACAGAAUAGCCGACCUUUCUGUCUUAAAAGACCGGUAUGAAUCUCCCAAUCUUCGCAACCCAAAGGGUAGAUCUGACCUUCCUGGAAUCGAUGUAUUUGUUUCCACUGCAGACCCAGAAAAAGAACCUCCUCUUGUAACAGCCAAUACCAUCCUCUCUAUCCUUGCAGUUGACUAUCCUGUAGAGAAGUUGGCAUGUUAUCUUUCAGAUGAUGGUGGUUCACUUUUGACAUUCGAAGCCUUAGCUGAGACUGCGAGUUUUGCCAGAACUUGGGUGCCUUUCUGCAGAAAGCAUGGUAUAGAACCAAGAAAUCCUGAAGCAUACUUUGGGCAGAAGAAGGAUUUCCUCAAGAACAAAGUGAGGUUGGAUUUUGUUCGAGAGAGGAGACGAGUGAAGAGAGAAUAUGACGAGUUUAAAGUGAGAAUUAACUCGUUACCGGAAUCUAUUAGACGAAGAUCUGAUGCGUACAAUGCCCAUGAAGAGCUUCGCGCUAAGAAGAAACAAAUGGAAAUGGGAGGAAAUUGUGCAGAGCCCUUAAAGGUUGCCAAAGGAACAUGGAUGUCUGAUGGUGCUCAAUGGCCUGGGACUUGGUCUUCAACUGGGCCUGAUCACUCUAGAGGUGAUCAUGCUGGUAUCAUUCAGGCCAUGCUAGCACCACCCAACUCGGAACCAGUUUAUGGAUCAGAAGCAGAUGGUGAGAACUUGAUAAACACAACGGAAGUAGAUAUACGUGUUCCAUUGCUAGUUUAUGUAUCCAGAGAAAAGAGACCAGGCUAUGAUCACAACAAGAAAGCAGGUGCUAUGAAUGCGUUAGUGAGAACUAGUGCAAUAAUGUCGAAUGGUCCUUUCAUUCUCAACCUCGACUGUGAUCAUUACAUCCACAACUCCUUAGCUCUAAGAGAAGGAAUGUGUUUCAUGCUUGACAGAGGUGGUGAUAGAAUCUGUUAUGUCCAAUUCCCUCAAAGAUUUGAAGGAAUCGAUCCUAGUGAUCGUUAUGCAAACCAUAACACUGUGUUUUUUGAUGUGUCAAUGAGAGCUUAUGAUGGGUUACAAGGACCAAUGUAUGUUGGUACAGGAUGUAUUUUCAGGAGGAUUGCACUUUAUGGGUUUAGUCCACCUAGGGCCACUGAACAUCACGGAUGGUUUGGAUCAAGAAAAUUCAAAUUGUUAUUAAGGAGGAAAUCCAAGAAGGAACAAAACCCAGAAGAGUUUGUUUUGCCAGUUCAAGAAAAUGAAGAAGAUGAAGAUUUAGACAUUGAGUCAUUACUCCUUCCUAAGAGAUUUGGAAAUUCCACUUCUUUAGCUGCAUCAAUUCCAGUAGCAGAAUAUCAAGGUAGGCUUCUUCAGGAUCUCCACGGCAAGGGUAACCAAGGGAGGCCAGCAGGGUCACUAGCUGUCCCUCGAGAGCCUCUUGAUGCUGCUACUGUCGCAGAGGCCAUUAGUGUUAUUUCAUGUUUCUACGAGGAUAGAACCGAGUGGGGUAAACGUGUAGGGUGGAUAUAUGGUUCUGUAACAGAAGAUGUUGUGACAGGUUAUAGGAUGCACAACCGAGGAUGGAGGUCGAUUUAUUGUGUAACUAAAAGAGAUGCAUUUCGAGGAACUGCCCCAAUCAAUCUUACUGACCGACUUCAUCAAGUUCUCCGAUGGGCAACUGGGUCAGUGGAGAUAUUUUUCUCGAAAAACAAUGCCUUCUUCGCAAGUAGGAGGAUGAAGUUGUUACAAAGGGUUGCUUACCUAAAUGUGGGUUUCUACCCUUUCACUUCCAUCUUCCUCAUUGUCUAUUGCUUCCUUCCUGCUCUCUCUCUUUUCUCAGGACAAUUCAUAGUCCGAUCCUUGAGUGUAACAUUCCUCAUCCUACUCCUGGUAGUAACUCUGUCAUUAUGUAUGCUUGCACUCCUCGAGAUCAAAUGGUCAGGAAUCACACUACACGACUGGUGGAGGAACGAGCAGUUUUGGCUGAUUGGAGGAACAAGUGCACACCCUGCUGCUGUUCUUCAAGGUUUACUAAAAGUCAUAGCAGGAGUCGAUAUCUCAUUCACAUUAACCUCAAAAUCUGCUACACCAGAUGAUGGAGAAGAUGAGUUUGCUGAUCUCUAUGUCUUUAAAUGGAGUUUCUUAAUGGUUCCUCCUAUAACAAUCAUGAUGGUUAAUAUGAUGGCUAUUGGUGUGGGUACUGCUAGGACUCUAUAUAGUCCAUUUCCACAGUGGAGUAAGCUUCUUGGAGGCGUUUUCUUCAGUUUUUGGGUGCUUUGCCAUCUCUAUCCUUUUGCUAAAGGAAUGAUGGGGAGAAGAGGACGGGUUCCAACAAUAGUCUUUGUUUGGUCUGGACUUCUAUCGAUUAUUAUCUCAUUGCUUUGGGUAUAUAUUAGUCCUCCUGCUGGAACUCAGGCUUACAUGAAGUUCGACUUUCCUUAGUCGAUCAUACUUGAGGAUUUGUAAUCAAAAUGAAGUUCUUGCUUAGACUUCAUCUUGCUGUUUAUAGGAUAUCAAGUUCAGUAUGAUUUUUUCAUGAAAAUCUUGUAAUUUGAAGUUAGUUUCUUUUAUGAAAUGCUCUUAUUAUAUCUUUA